UCUCUCUCUCUCUCUCUCAAAAAUAAAUAUUUAAAAAUUUUUUUAAAUAAAUAAAAAUUAGGCAUAGGAAAUGUGGAGAAAGCAAGGAAAUUUCCGGAAAUCAUAGAUCACAACUCCAGAUCUUGAUAACCAAUUUGUCUUUUGGCCUGGAGGGCACAGAUCAUACCCAUCUGUUACAUAAAGUGACUUUUCAAUGUGUGCACAGGUAGACAUGGUUCACACACACACACACACACACACACACACACACACACACACACUUUAAACCCAGUACACACCUCACCCCUCCACCAUCUGAGCACAGCAAGACCAUAAAAAGCGUUGAAAAGACUGCUAACUACAGGGAACAUUUUUAUGAUGGUGGCACAAACAAAUAAAUGGCAUUUAAUGAGAUGUAAUAUGAAUUUUAAGAGGAUACAUAAACAAUUUCCAGUGCCCAGGAUCAAAAUGUGUGGGAAUAUUGUUUUCGUUAUUUGUAAUGAGUUGUACCUAUAAUUACUGAGGGGCCACAUUUUCUCCAUCUUUCCAAAGUCUGCCAAACGGACAGCGCUUCCUAAGAAGAUUUUAUUCUGGACCAAACAUUUUAUCCUAUUGGCAUAUGGAAAUAGUGUCCUUUUUUAGUAACCUGAAGUUAUGCCUCUUUUAUGAAGCAUAAAACUCUUCCUCAGCAAACAAACAACCCUGAUGAGUGUUCAUAUGACAACUGCCACCAACAGUGAUAAGGAAAACAUCCGGUCUGUUCCGUAAAUACCCAUUUGGGGGACUGUAUAAAAGUCUCAGGAGGGAAGGAGACCUCGGCAGCCAGUCAGCCGGAGUUUUGCAACUAGUCUUGGUUCUCCGUUCGAUAGGAUGCCUUCGGACUGCUCCCCUUCGUGCUGCUCCUCUGAAUCCUGUGCCACAGCUUCCGACUGUGUGUUCGCUUCACCCUGUUCCAUGGAAACCACUCACCUCCCCAGCGCCCAAGCCACCUCCAGAGGCCAGACCCCUAGCUUCCUAUCUGGGUCUCGCUUGGCAACCGGCUGUGUCACACCGUGCUACUUGGCUGGGAAUUGUCACAUUCCGUGCUUGGUGGGGAGCGGUGCUUGGUGUGAGGAUGGGAUGUUCAACAGCAACGAGAAGGAGACGAUGCAGUUCCUGAACGACAGACUCGCCAACUACCUGGAGAAGGUGCGAGGCCUGGAGGAGAUGAACGCGGAGCUGGAGUGCAGGAUCCGAGAACAGUGUGAAGGGGAGGUCCCCCUGGUGUGCCCCGAUUAUCAGUGUUACUUCGACACCAUUGAAGAUCUCCAGCAAAAGAUCUUGUGCACAAAGGCAGAGAGUUCUAGACUUGCUGUUCAGCUUGACAACUGCAAACUGGCUGCCGAUGACUUUAGGUCAAAGUACGAGUCUGAACUGUCUCUUCGCCAGCUGCUGGAGACGGACAUUGGCGGCCUGCGUGGGAUCCUGGGUGAGUUGACUCUGUGCAAAGCCGAUCUGGAGGCCCACGUGGAGUCUCUGAAGGACGAUCUCCUUUGCCUUAAGAAAAACCACGAAGAGGAGGUCAACUUGCUUCGCGGACAGCUGGGUGACCGACUCAGCGUGGAGCUGGACACUGCCCCCACCGUCGACCUCAACAGGGUCCUGGAUGAGAUGCGCUGUCAGUAUGAAACGGUGCUCGCCAACAACCGCAGAGACGUGGAAGAAUGGUUCGCUGUUCAGACAGAGGAGCUGAAUCAACAGCAGCUGUGCAGCACGGAGCAGCUGCAGGACUGCCAGACAGAGAUCCUGGAACUGAAACGCACAGCCAACGCUCUGGAAAUUGAGCUCCAAGCACAGCAAAGCCUGACAGAAUCUCUGGAAUGCACUGUGGCGGAGACUGAGGCCCAGUAUGGCGCGCAGCUGGCCCAGAUGCAGUGCCUGAUCGAUAACGUGGAGAACCAGCUGGCGGAGAUCCGCUGUGACCUGGAGCGGCAGAACCAGGAGUACGAGGUGCUGCUGGACACAAAGGCCCGGCUGGAGUGUGAGAUCAACACGUACCGGGGUCUCCUUGAGAGUGAGGACAGCAGGCUUCCCUGUCACCCAUGUUCUACCACAAGCACGUCAGACAACACUUGUGAGCCAUACUCCGCGUAUGUGGUUUGCACGCUCGAAAACUGCUGUGUGUGAAUGCUAAACCCCCAGCGCGGCGGAUGGAGGCUUCAAAGCCAGCAGUGUCCUGGAAAGGAGAUGGGGGCUUCAGUCAGAGACAUCCAAACUUGAAAGUCAAGAAGGGUUUUCCAUCCUGGGGAACCUGGGUGGCUCAGCCGGUUGAGUGUCCCACUCUUGGUUUUGGCUCAGGUCAUGAUCCCAGGGUCGUGGCAUUGAGCCCAAGUCAAGCUCUGCACUGAGCGUGGAGCCUG